CAGAGAAGGAAAGCAAAGCUAUGUCAGUGUGUUUUAUCAGUUAGCAACAUUUUUCAUGAAGACAAGUUUCAGUUACAGGUGCCAAGUUUCUUGAUUUAUGUGUAAAGAUUGUGUAUGCAUAAAUUCCCAAUGCUUAACUUAGUUAGAUUGAUAGUUGUAAAAAGAAUCAGUCCCACAAAUGCCAACCGUAUCGAAAUUAGAACCCUAAAAACUGCGGUGACCGAUUAUUUGAGUAACGGCGGUGGUGAUGGAGGAGAGGGAAGAAGUGGGACAAAUGAUGAUUAUUUUGCUACCAUUCAUCAUAUAUCUAAUAUUGUUCGUCGUGAUAUAUAUUUAGAAAGGACUUUGAAUAAAAUGUGCAUUUCAAGGAUUGUUAAUUCAGAGUUUGUGUACCGUGUGCUUCGUAGUUGUGGUAGUUCGGGUAUUGAGUCUUUUCGUUUUUUUAAUUGGGUUCGUACCCAACAUCCUCAGUAUGAACCGACAACUGUUGAGUUUGAAGAGUUACUUAAGAUUUUAGCUAAAACCCGUCAUUGGGAAACCAUGUGGAAGGUUGCACAUCAGAUGAAGAUACAAAAGCUCCCGAUUUCUGCGUCUGUUGUUUCGUACAUCAUUGAGCAUUAUGGUAAGAAUGGACUUAUCGAUCAAGCUGUUGAGCUGUUUAACAAGUGCAAGAAUUUUAACUGCGCGCAAACUACUGAAAUAUAUAAUUCCUUGCUUUUUGCGCUUUGUGAGGUCAAGAAUUUUCAAGGGGCUUAUGCUUUGGUUAGAAGGAUGGUUAGGAAAGGAGUAGUUCCAGAUAAGAAAACGUAUACGGUUUUGGUUAAUGGGUGGUGUUCUGCUGGAAAAAUGAAAGAAGCCCAAAAUUUUUUGAAAGAAAUGAGCGAUAAGGGGUUUAAUCCGCCGGUUCGUGGGCGAGAUCUUUUGAUUGAUGGGUUGUUAAAUGCGGGUUAUCUUGAAUCAGCUAAAGGGUUGGUUAGGAAAAUGACUAAAGAAGGAUUUUUGCCUGAUGUGAGUACUUUUAACUUGUUGGCGGACGCUAUUUGUCAAUCUGGUGAGAUUGAUUUUUGUAUUGGUCUUUACAAUGAUGUUUGUAGAAUAGGGUUAUGUCCGGAUAUUGAGACGUAUAAGAUCAUAAUUGCGGCAACUUCAAAAAUUGGCAGGACUGAUGAGGCCUUUAGUAUUCUUUAUCGAUCCAUUGAGGAGGGAAAUAAACCGUUUCCGAGUUUAUAUGCCCCAAUUCUUAAGGGACUUUGUAGAAAUGGAAGGUUUGAUGAUGCAUUUAGUUUUUUUAGUGAUAUGAAGGUGAAGGGGCACCCACCAAACAGACCUGUUUAUACCAUGCUUUUAAAGAUGUGUGCACGGGGAGGCAAAUAUGUCGAAGCUGCAAAUUAUUUGUUAGAGAUGACCGAGUUUAAAUUAUCACCCAUGUCACGGCACUUCGAUAUGGUAACUGAUGGAUUGAAGAAUUGUGGAAAACACGAUAUGGCUAAGAUGAUAGAAGAGUUAGAAAUAUCUCUGCGUGGUAUGUGAGUUGUGAGAUAUAACAAUAGUUUUGACCUGCGGGUCAUGGAAGAGAUAUAAUCAUAACUCAUCAAUAGAUGUUCACUUGCUGCUUUGUUGGUUUCACAUCAUGAACAGGUUCAAUUUGUCGCUAAUCAGAAAAUUAUCCUUGGUGUGUAAGAAAGCAUUUAUAUUUGUCGAUGGAUCGUAAAACAAGCUUGGUAGAAGGGCCUAUUGGCCAUGGUAGCUGAUAUGUGCGGUUUUGAACGUUAAUUUGGUCAAUUUUGGUGUGAUGCUGUUCGAAAUACACGCAAUGGUUAGUGAUUUGAUGUGCUUUUACUUAAGAUUCAGGGUAUAUAUGCUUAGCCAAUAAGGCUUGUUCAUGAAAAAAAAUUUGAUUCCUGGAUUCAUUGAAUUCAAAAGCUAAUCUGGACAUAUGGACCUUGUAUGCACUCCCACGUUGUGGUAGCUUGCUUGCUAGAUACUUGCAAUACUUAGUCUAAUCUCAUUUUCUAUGGUAACUUGUGGCAUGUCUCGAGCCCACUUGUUUACCCAAAUUGAUGGGAGUCUAAUCACUUGUAUUGUAUAUAACAGUGUUCUAAGUAUUUAUAAAUUCCUCAGGCGUACCGCCCUCCUUUAAUCGAAAAAUUAAUAAAAAUAAUAUAACCUGAUUCUUGCCAUGAUA